AUGAGAAAUCACAUCAUUUUUUUGGGCUGCAUGUUGCCAAACAAACUUGGACUGUUGGUGGAGCGCUGCGGGAAGCCUAUUUUCAGCAACAAGGAUGACGUGCGGCGCACCAUGGCUGCUCUGCUGGAAAUAUCGGCCUUUGUGGAUCGCAAGUGUCUAAAACUCAUCGCCACACCCUUCAAGCGUUUCUGCCGCAAGGAUCCUGACACCAUCGCCAGCGUCAUGGAGAUGGUGCCUAUCGACCCCGCAGAGCUGUCACAUGGUCGAAGAGCCGCAUUAUUAUUGCAGUGUCUCCCAAAACAGGGGUGCGACGAUGUCAUAUGGGAGCAGGCGGUUCAGGUAUUCUUGUCGGGAAUGCAGGGGAAAAAUUGGGAUCUGCACGAUUAUCGCAUUGCUCUCGCACACGCAAGUCGAUGGGGCCGCCACCCAACUGCACUUGCAGUGGCCACAGAAGAACUUGUCAAUGCUACUGUGCGAAGCGCCUCCCAGAGUGAACUUCCUGUGAUAUUUGCCAUUCUCACCUCACUACCCGAGUUGAAUCGCUCUCCAUCUUUACAGGCGGCAGCAGAUCGAGUUAUGUCACUUACAGAAGUUUUGACGCCAGCAGCUAUUGGGCAAAUUUGCACCUGUCUCAAUAAGUUCCAAUUCAAGCAUAAUUCCCUGGCAAUCGCACUACAGGAGGAAGCCAUUCGUUUUGCAGAGGAGAGUGAUUUAUUCAGUGCCGUGCAACUCUUUAGUUUUAUUUGCCAGCAACAGAAUGAUGCAAUUAGCCCGGAUGCCGUCAAGUGCUUGGCGGAGCGGGUGACUGAGGGGAAGGACCUGGAUCAAGAGACGGUGACAACGCUCUGUCGAGCGCUGAAGGCACUUCCCCGACAGGCACGUCCCGAACUUCUGCGUGAGAUCGCCGAGAUGAUUGCAUUUUUGAGCGUAGAGGUCAAGGGGAUUUUGUUGUUGUCAGUGGAAGAGGGGGGCCUAAAAGGAGAGACGUCUGUCGAUAAUAUUCAGUCCUUUAUCUCUCGCUUCCUCGCCCUUGACAGCCUGCUUCCACCGGAUCAUGAACGGCCCAGUGAGCUCACGGAAGCAAUAAAGUUGUGCGUGGAGUACAUUACAGAGAAACUUGAAGAAAUUGUUGCAGAUGAAAACCCACCCUUUUCAAUUAUUCCCAACCUUCUGAAUGUCAACAUGGAGGAGACCCGACAAUGCGGUCUGGCCAUCAUUCGAGAAGCCGCGGAACAGGGGAUUCAUUUUCCAACGCUUCAGGCGUUUCGUUUUCUUCUAAUUUUGGGCGAUCACAACAUGAAGGACAGGCGCGUCUAUCGACACCUUCGCAAUGAGUUUGCCAAAACAGCCUCCGGUAUUCCUAUGAUUCAACUCUGUGCCGCACUGCGGUGUUUUGUGCGAGGCCUCAUACGGGAUCCGGAGCCCGAUUCUCUGGAGGAUAAAGUGGAACACGAAUUGGAGAAGGAGGACAUGGACAUGUUUCUUCGGUUUUGCGUGGAAAACCUGCAGAGAGGAUUUGCGGAUGGUAUGGAGAUAAAGUGUGUUCUUGCAGCCACUGAGAGCUUGUACCAGCUCGGGUAUACCGACCCCGCGUUUCUCGAAAAGGUCGCACGCUACCUGGACUCAAAGUGCGCAUCCGCGUCUCCAUCUGUAAACAGCAGUGAGACGGCGAAUAUAGUGUGCCUAGCGCUUGGUGAGGACAUUCUUGACAAGUACCCCGCCGUUCACACAUUCCUAUUGGCGGUAGAAAAGGAUGGUGUCAAGAUGGAGGCCGCACUUCCUCCGACGGAGUGGAUGAACAAAAAUGAUCCAGCCAACUUUAUCGUUCCGUUAACGGAGGUACAACAAGAGGGAUGGAACAUCAUUAACCGAAUGGUCGAGACACGAUCUGCAGACACAGAAACGCUGAGAAAAUUGGCCAAGGAGUAUAUCUCCAUCCUUAAAGACACACGUGUGGAUGACCUCAAAUAUUUUUUUGGUGUUUUUGAGGAGAAAGUGUUAAAGGAGGAUAAACUUUUGAAAGAGUGCUUGGAUUACCUUCUGGAUAGCAACAUGGUGUCCAAGCUAUCUGCGACAAGUAUCGGGGCUAUGCUCCAUAGUCUUGCAUCACUACGGUUUAAUUUUCAUCGAAGUGUCAAACGACUUGUCUUGGCCAUUAGUGCUGAGCAAUGGAAUGAGAUGGAUGCUGCUCCUUUGGUACAAAUUGUGUCGGGCAUGGCAAAGCUCUCACUGCGUGUUCCACAGGUGUUGAAUCAUGUAGGGGAUCGUCUUGUGCAGGUUCAUACGUUUCUUUCCCCAAUGGAUACGGGGGUUCUUAUUAAUGCGCUUCAGUCCCUUGGGUAUGGCAAUGAUGAGGUGAUGAUGAUGUUAAUGCGCCACGCGUCAUCAAGCGCCUGCCGUUGGGAUGAAGUGUCUCUCACAUUACUCUUUGGUUCUUCAAGCAUUCAUCGUCUGCUUCGAGAUGUGGAGGUGGCGACUCCACUAUUGGAGCAGGCUGCUGGUAAAACAUCCUCACCUCAUCUAAGACAAAGGAUUGCGGCUUCAAUAAAAAGAUCCGCGCUCCCUCGGGAACUCAUACAGUCUUCAACUGCCGCAUUGACGGGCGUGGAGGGUCAAGACGCACGGAAGCCGCUUCAAUUAACUUAA